AUGGCAUCGGCAAUCCAUAAGCGAGCAUUGGAAGAGAUGGAAGAACUCGACAAUGUUAUUUGGGUAAGCAUUAAGCAUGGAUCAGAAAUCAAGGACAUCCAAGAAGAAAUUGCAAGACAAUUAUGUGCAGAUAUCUCAGGCUCAACAGAUGACAGCAGCAGAGCUUUUAAAUUGCAUGCUGCUCUUACCAGCAAGAAGUUUUUCCUUGUUCUGGAUAAUAUACCAUUUUGGCAUGAUUUCGAGCUUAGUAGGAUUGGAAUCCCGGAGUCUGGUAACGAUUGGAAGCUGAUAGUUACUUCGACAAGUUAUACUGCCUGCAGUAAACUGAAAGACAGAUUUGGAAACAACAGCACAAUUUGCGAAAUAAAACCUCUCUCUGAGGAUGAGGGUUGGAAAUUAUUUUCACAUCUUACAGGUCCUAAACUUGAGAGUAUAAAGAAUAAAAUCUACAAGGACAUUGAAUUAGCAGUAAAGAAUGUCGAUGGCCUUCCUUCAGCUAUAAAAAUGUUAGCGAAAGCCUUGAGAGAAAUACCUGACAACAAUCCUACAAGAAUAAGUGAUGCUUGGAAUAGAGAACUGCUUGCACUGAGUAGCUCAGGGUCCUUGCUUGGUAACAAAAGCAAAGACUUUUUUUAUGGUUUCAAAGAUAUAUUGAAUGACUUAGGAGAGGUUGCGGUAUCAUGUUUCCUUUACUGUCUAUUAUUUCCAAAGGAUUAUUACAUCCUAAAGGAAAAGGAGCUGAUAGAGUAUUGGAUGUGGGAUGGGCUUCUAGGUGAAGUUUCAUCCUUGGAAGAAACCAUGGGUGUUGGAAAGGAAGUACUGGAUAACCUCCGCGAUGCUCACCUUCUUGAGAUCAUUCCUAACAAGAUAGGUGGUAGAGAUGAAGUAUCAGUCAAAAUGCUUAAUGUACUUCGACUAGUAGCAAUGGAUGCUCUGAAAUCGCGUCAUGGAUUUUUUUUCAUCAACUGUGGAAAAUCACUCAAAGAGAUUCCAGCAGCGAAGGAUUGGCCUGCAGAUACAAAGAGAGCCUCAUUUAUUCAGAAUGAGGUGCAUGCUUUGCAGUUUGGUCCUGAUUGCAAGAAUCUGUCUACUUUGCUACUGCAACACAAUCCUCUAAACUCCAAAUCCCAUAAAAGGUUCUUUUCAAACUUAGUUAAUCUUCGAACCCUCGAUUUGUCCCAUACAAGGAUCUCAUCCUUACCAAAUUCACUCUCUGCCUUGAAAAGUCUGCAUGCACUUCUGCUUCAUAACUGUCAGCACUUGACUUCUCUCCCAUCCUUGUCAGAUCUUCAAAAUCUACUCGUUCUUGACCUCUCAAGGACAUCACUACAAGAGUUACCUAGAGGGCUAAACAACUUGACAAACUUGAGACGUUUAGAUCUUUCACAGAUGACUAAGUUACAGGUUUUCCGAGCUGAAGAAGUUGGAAAAUUAACACAAAUAGAAGAACUGUUGUUGAUACCUAAUAGUGAAGCGAAUCUUACUUGGAGAUCGAAUCACAUUUCUCCAGUUUGGAAGGGUCCUUGCAUAGAGGAGCUUGUGAACUUGAGAAGGCUGGUUGUUCUUCAGCUUAACUUCACAGACGCAGCAGCCUUUGAAAAAUUCUUGAAGACUGCAGAAUUCGAGAAAGAUGCUCUCCAGCGGCCACAAGGUGCAGGACACAGUUUUAAAUUUUGUGUUGGUGAUUCCCACUAUAAUGGUGAUCAUGUCGGGGACAACAGCUUAUCGAUUUUUAACCAUCACAAAGUUACUCUCCCUGAGGAAACCGCUGAGCUGCACUGGAUAAGUUGUGCUCAGAAACUACCAUCAUUGCAGAUUGAUGGUUGCUUCAAGUACUUGAUCAUUCUGGAUAUCUCCAAGUUUGACGAACUUGAGUAUGUGCUCACAUGGGAGAUGCUUAUGAACCUUGAAAAACUAAAGGAGAUACAUGUCCAACAAUGUCGCAGAACUGUGUCUAUAAUAAAGCCAGAUUCCAAAGCCAGACAUGCUGAAGUUAUUUUUCCAGAAUUAACAACAUUAGUGCUCCAUGACUUGCCAAAUCUGCGUAGCAUAUGUGAUUGUCAAGUGUUAAAUGUCCCUUCUUUGCAACGGGUUGAUGUCUUGAGUUGUGGAAUCUUGAAGCUUCCGAAGACCCUCAAGGGAGGAAAUGAUAGGCUAAUCAUCAAAGGAGAUAAUGAUUGGCUUGAAAAUGUUGAAAGAAGUCCGCCAAAUUUCAAUUCUACCUUCAUAUAUGAAGAAACAUCACAGACCAGAGAGCUUUUCUGUACAGCUGCAUCCACAAGUAAGUAUACUGGUAUGCAAUGUUCUAUCUAA